CAGUGUGGAAAACUGGAAGAAAUUGUAGCUUUCAGAGUCAAGUCAGGGUAAGAAUUGACUUGACUUGCAAAUGCUAAGUAGAAAUCGUUCCAAAUACGUUCUGAACAUACAAUUUGCAAGUUAUAAAGCUCUGAACUUUCAAUUAGGAAGGCACAAACAAGCAAAGGUAGAAUUGGGUGUGCAUAGAAAGGGAGAAAUGCAGAUGAAGAUGAGGAAGUCAGAUAAGGUGGUGUGUUCAGUGGUGGGAUUGUUGGGAAUGGCAGCUGCUGUUUUGGGCUUCAUUGCAGAGGCCCAACGUGUCAGGAUUCAGGAGGUUCGAGUGACAUUAACUGGUUGCAUAUAUCCCAGCAGUUUUGCUCCAGUAUUGGCAAUAACUGGAGCUGUUGCCCUACUUUUGGCUCAAGUUAUUGCAAAUUCUGUAGCUGGUUGUAUUUGUUGCACAUGUGGUGAUCGUAAUCCUCCAAACUCCCACAGAACAAUUGCCAUCAUUUGCCUUGCUACUUCCUGGAUUACUUUUGCAAUUGCAUUUAUCUUACUUAUUGGAGGGGCUAUUGUUACUAGCACACAUAAUGAAGACAUGACAUCAGGUUACUAUUGUAAAGUUGUAAAGUCUGGGGUGUUUGCAAGCGGAGCAGUUUUAGCCUUAGCUACUGUGGCUCUUACCAUUGUGUACUUUAUUAAAGCAUCUAUUGCAAUGAAUUCUUCUCAAUACAACCCUCAAAAUCAUAGUAUUUCUAUGGUCCAACCACAAUAUAAAUCUCCAAAUAUCGAUGUGAGGGCAUCUAAAGUGUAAGAUCAAUCUUGCAUCACUAAAAAGGUCGUGUUUGUUUUAUCUUAAGUAUAGGUUCUCAAAUAAAGUUUUAUUGCACCCACUAUAAAACCAUCCUUUAUCCUAAAUUUAUGAGUAUCUAGGCUAAUAUUAGGUAGAGGAAAUUCUCUUAAAAGAGAGUUUUGUUAGAUAAUUAAAGAGCACCAUAUUAUAUAUUAGCUCAAAAUGUUGUAAUCAAAUUAAGACAUUGAACUUGAUUGGGUACAUUGUAUUCAAGGACUAUGGUUCAUUGUAUUGAAUGACUCUGUAGUAAGAUUCUAAAUAUAAUUACGAAUAUGAAUUGAUAAUA